GUUCCUGUGGUGGUGACUUUGUGGAUGCAUCAGGAACCAUCACUAGCCCGGGGUACCCUGUAGGAUAUGACAACAAUGAGAACUGUGUGUAUAAUAUCAGAGCCCCCAGUGGAAACUAUAUAAGACUAGACUUCCAGGCAUUUGGGACAGAGUCUGGAUUUGACUUUCUGAAGAUCUUUGAAGGUGGAAACCAAGUUCAAAGGUACUCUGGACAAAGCCUCCCACCGACUUUCAUCAGUAGCACAAAUGCGGUUCAACUCAGGUUCACCAGUGAUGGGAGUGUAACAGGCCCAGGCUUCAGUCUCACCUAUCUUUUUACCACCAGUCCCACUGCUGGUCCUGUGGGGACCUGCCCUGAUCCAGGCAGCAUUGUCAAUGGCAACAGAAACCCCUCCACUGGUUCCACUUUCAAUGUUGGAGACACGAUCACCUACAGCUGUAAUGCUGGAUUCCAACUAGUUGGAGCAACCACCUUAAACUGCACGGUAGGGCCACCUCUACCUGGUUCAUCUCAACCAGCUGGCUGGGACAGUGCACCACCAACAUGUCAGGUUGUAGCAACACCAACCAGUGCGACUGGAUGUGGAGGCAGCCUGACGGCUCCUUCUGGAGGCCCUUUCGCAUCACCCAACUAUCCCAGUAACUAUGGCAACAACGAGAUUUGUGAGUGGUCCAUCACCGCACCGACAGGAAGCACGAUUCGGCUCACAUUUGACGAAUUCGACGUCGAGUUAAACUAUGACUUUCUAUACAUCUACGAUGGAUCCAGUGAUAGUGCUCCACAGUUGCAAAGGUUAACAGGCUCCCAGGGAGUCGACCCUAUCACCAGCACGUCUAACAUGGUGUUCCUGAGAUUUACAUCUGAUCAGAGUGUCACAGCACAUGGAUUCCAGUUCUCCUACACAAGCAUCAUUACAGGCCAAUGCAGGGAUCCCGGGGUGCCUGACAAUGGGAAUAGGGAUAAUGACAGUAACUUUGCAGUGGGCCAGACUGUCACCUACAGCUGUAUGACAGGGUAUCAGCUGCAGGGGACUGCCACUAUCACCUGCCAGUCUGAUGGGUCAUGGAGUGAUUCUACACCAACUUGUGAAGCAUCCUGUGGUGGAACCUACACGGACCUGUCCGGAGUCAUCAUCUCUCCUGGCUAUCCCAACUCCUACCCCAACAACGCCGAGUGUGUCUGGACUAUCCUGGGGGGCACCACGUCCAGCGGAACCCCACGGCUUAUCGAGCUCACCUUCAACAGCUUCAGCCUAGAAUCCAACUAUGACUUUGUGUACAUCUAUGACGGCUAUACCAAUGGCACACAACUUAACAGGUUUACUGGUGCUAAUGUCCCAGACCAACAGAGAAGCACGACCAAUAUUCUGUCUAUCAAAAUGACUACAGAUGGCUCUGUCCAGCAGGGUGGCUUUCAAGCAGCUUACCAAAUCCUAGGAUCUGUGGCCUGUGAUAACCCUGGAGCACCCCAGUUUGGCAGCCUGGUGACUAGUGUUACAGGAAACAGUUUCCCUGUGGGUUCACAGGUCACCUUCAGCUGUGAUGCAGGGUACGACCUGAGUGAUAACUCACCGAUAACCUGUCAGAGCAACGGCCAGUGGUCUGGACCAGUACCCACCUGUGAUGCUGCCUGUGGUGGCCAGCGCACGGAGUCCUCUGGUACCAUCCAGUCUCCUGGUUACCCUGGUCAGUACGGAAACAACCUGAACUGUGAAUGGGUCAUCACCUCACCCACAGGCGCUGUGGUACAGCUCCAGUUUGAAAGAUUGGACCUUGAGGAUGGCUAUGAUAUUCUGGAAGUUCGUGAUGGGACAGAUGGGUCCUCACCAUUGCUCCAGCGCCUUACAGGCUCCAACACACCAAGCCCCAUCAGGAGCACAGGCAGCUCCCUGUACCUGAAACUCACCACUGAUUACAGUGUCACACAAACUGGCUUCAGGGCAACCUUUAACGAUGAGGUAGCUAUGGCCUGCCCUGAUCCUGGUGUUCCAGCCAAUGGCAAUCGUGACGGAGACUUUUUCUAUGUGGGUAGCACCGUCACCUUUUCUUGUGAGCUUGGAUAUGUCAUCAGUGAUGCCACGCCCCUUACCUGCCAGACAGGUAGCACACCAUCAUGGUCUGGACCAAUUCCAACUUGUGAUGCCCUCUGUGGUGGUUACCUCACUGCUACAGAAGGAAUUGUUUUGUCAAAGAACUAUCCCAACAACUAUGGAAACAACUUGAACUGUAAUUGGACUGUUGCUGUUACACCAGGGAAAGGCAUCAACUUUCAAUUCAACACGUUCAGCUUGGAGGCCAAUUAUGACUAUUUGAAGAUCUACAUUGGUGACAACCCAAGCACAGCAGCUCAAUCAUACACAGGACAGACUGUGCCCAACCCAUAUUCUGCAAACUAUCACAUUGUCUUUCUAGUCCUAACAUCUGAUCAAUCAGUUUCUACCUCAGGAUUUAACAUCAGCUAUACCACCUUUGACCUGUCAGCAAACUGUCCAUUUCCUGGGAGUAUAAACAACGGUUACAGUAACCAGGGCAGUGGCAAUGUUUUCCUGGUGGGGGAGUCCAUUACAUAUGGCUGUAGCCCUGGGUAUACCCUGGCAGGGACAGCAACACUCACAUGUAUCAAUGGCAACCCUCCACAAUGGAAUCAUCCUUUACCUCAGUGUCAAGCCCAGUGUGGUGGUACACACAGUGGACCCAUUGGUACUAUUCUUUCCUUUGGGUAUCCCAACAACUACCCCAACAACCUACGGAGCUGUGCUUACGAGAUCUCAGUUAAUCCAGGGGAGGGGAUUAUCUUAACGAUUACAGACUUCCAGACAGCUGGCCCUGGUGACACACUGACGAUCUAUGAUGGCACUCAGGAUUCCCCAUCUCUUGGGAGCUUCAGUGGAAAUCAGCUAACACAGGGCCAGAUGUUCAACUCCUCCUCCAACCGUAUGUUACUGAUGUUCAACACUGAUGCUUCAGGUUCAGCAAGGGGUUUCAGUAUUACAUACAGAUCAUAUGCCCUUCCAUCUGAGUGUCCUGACCGAGGCAGUCCAGCCAAUGGACAGGUGGUGCAGAUUACAGGGUUUGGAGUGGGAGCUUUUGCAAUCUACGACUGUGAUGAAGGCUACACUUUCCGUGGCAACCAGACUAUCAGAUGUGUGAGAAGCAACCCUCAGUCCCGUCCACACUGGGACAGUGACCUGCCAACAUGUACAGCUGCAUGUGGAGGAGAUAUCCGGGUCCCUAACCCAGGGACCACAGGACUGAUCUUGUCCCCAGGGUACCCAGGACUGUACUCUAACUACCAAGACUGCACAUGGACACUGCAGGCUCCACAGGGACAGUUAUUUACACUCCAGUUCAAUGCCUUUGACAUAGAGACUUGUGGCAGUGACAGAAGUUGUACCUGUGACUAUCUGAUAGUCCGUGAUGGUGAUGCGGCCACAUCUCCCAUGGCAGGGGGAGGGCGCUUCUGUGGUCAGCUUCUGCCUCCUGACAUCAGCCUCAACAACACCAACACCAUCCGCAUAGAGUUCCACACUGACCUGUCUGUCACAAACCAAGGCUUCUCUAUAAGAUACACAAGUUAUCUUCAGACAGUGUGUAACGACCCGGGAACCCCCAUGAAUGGUUCCAGGACGGGUGGCAGUGUGUUCAGUGUUGGUGACACCAUCUAUUUCCAGUGCGACCCUGGGUACAUCCUGUCAGGGGCAAGUUCCAUCACCUGCCAAGGGAACUCACAGGCAGGCGUGGCGUGGAGCGGGCGUACGCCAACAUGUGAAGCACCUUGUGGAGGUCGGUUGACAGACCCAUCAGGGCUGAUCCUGUCCCCUGGCUACCCCAACUAUCCCCACAACAGUGACUGUACCUGGACCAUUGUAGUGCAGCAGGGGAGGGUAGUGGAGCUGACAUUUAUAUAUUUCCAGACUGAGACAGGAUAUGACUACAUGAACAUCUAUGAUGGUACCAACUCCUCGGCCCAGCUGGGAGAUCAGUACACAGGUCACCUGUCAGAGCAGGGCAACCUGCCAGCACCGCUCAGGAGCAGCGGCAACCAGAUGACUGUCGUGUUCCAUAGUGACUCCUCAGUUGGUGGGGAUGGCUUCCAGCUGAGCUACCAAGCUAUCCGUAGGACCUUUUGUCUACCCCUGACUGCACCCAUGAAUGGAACUAUGAUUGGCAACAACUUCAACGUCUUCAGCACUGUCAGCUUCUCCUGUGAUGAUGGUUAUGAGUUACCGUCAUCAUGUAACCAAGCAGGCCGCUGUGUCCUGACAUGUACUUCUGUGGCAGGGACACCAACUUGGGACAAACCUGUCCCCACCUGCACAGCACCAUGCGGAGGAGACAGGAGACCGCUGGUGGGCAUGUCAGAGGUCAUCGUCUCUCCAAACUACCCAAGGAACUAUGACAACUCCCUAGCUGGCUGUGUCUGGUCUAUUUCUGUGGAUCCUGGUUAUGUUGUACAUUUUGAGUUUGUGGUGUUUGAGACAGAGUCACAGUUUGAUACCCUGACUAUCUACGAUGGAUCCUCCUCCUCAUCACCAUCCCUUGCCACUCUCAGUGGUACACACUCAGGGGAAAGCUAUCUGAGCACAGGGAACAAUGUCCAGAUGAGGUUUACAACAAAUGCACAAGUCACAGCAAAAGGAUUUCACACUGUCAUUACUGCCGUACACGGUACAAGUACAUCCUACUGCCAGGACCCAGGGAUGCCACAGUUUGGCAGUCGGCAGGGGAAUGAUUUUGCCAUUGGCCAGACUGUGACCUUUUCCUGUGACCCAGGGUUUGUACUGAACGACACUGCUGUCCUGGUGUGCGAGCAGUCCUCCACUAUAGCCAUGUGGAAUGGAACAGUUCCGGGCUGUGUUGGUGCCUGUGGUGCCUAUAUAACUGGUCGUACCUCCGGCUACAUUUAUUCUCCAAACUACCCUGAACAAUAUGGCAACAACCAGAACUGUCAGUGGACAGUGGAGGUCAGUCUUGGGGAAGGCGUGAAACUGACUGUAGAGUCCUUCAUCCUGGAGGAGCCAUACGACAAGCUCAAAGUCUACGAUGGAGGCUCAGCUGAUUCCUAUUUACUGGGAGAGUAUACUGGAAACACCAUUCCCAGGGAGAUCAGGGCCACAUCCAACAUGGUGUACUUGGACCUUACUACUGACUACUCUGUCACCGAUGAUGGGUUCAAGAUCCGUUAUGAAACAUAUGGGCUGGUCAGUGCACCAUGCCGUGAUCCUGGGGUCCCAGUCAAUGGCUACAGGACUGGAGACAGUUUUGUUGUGGAUGCAGUCGUCUCAUUCGGCUGCAAUGAGGGCUUCACUUUGGUUGGUCAUGACCACAUCACCUGUAUGCCUGGGAACAGGAGGGACUGGAACUAUCCUCCCCCCACCUGUGAAGCUCUGUGUGGAGGGUCUCUGACAGAUGACACUGGACUUAUCUUCUCACCUGGUUGGCCUGGAGGUUAUGAUCAUGAACAGAACUGUACCUGGACCAUCACUGUCAGUGGCCGAAGUGGAAUUGAGUUGAGGUUCCAGAACUUCAGUCUGGAGCAGGACUAUGACUAUCUGUACUUGUACGAUGGUCCCACCACCAACUCUCCUCUGCUGGGCAGCUUCACCGGACAGAUGAUUCCUCCUGUGCUCUACUCACAGACUAAUGAAGUAGUCAUUACAUUAUCAACUGACAGCUCAGUGAAAGAUGAUGGGUUUGCUCUUCAGUAUGAAGCAUUUCUUUCACGAUAUUGUGUCACACCACCGGCUCUACAAAAUGGUCGCAUCGUCGGGACCAGCUACGCGGCAGGUUCGGUGAUUCGGUAUGACUGUGACGAGGGUUACAUUGUGAGCAGCCCUGCUGUUCUCACCUGUCAGCAGGAUACCCUGACAUGGAGUAGCCCUUUCCCCAGUUGUGAUGCUCCUUGUGGUGCCAACUACACAGCCCUGUCAGGCACCAUUCUGAGCCCCGGCUAUCCCGGGUCGUAUGGUAACGGGCGGGACUGUCAGUGGCGGAUCAUGCUCCCAGACGGCAUGGCUGUGCAGUUCAGCUUUGUCGUGUUUGAUGUGGAGGAUGGGUAUGACUUUCUCAAAUUCAGAGAGGGGCUAAGUACGUCCUUACCUGUCACAGUUCAGCUGACUGGUACUCAAGUAAAUGACACCUACAUCCCUUCCAACAAUGUGCUGGUACAGCUCACCUCUGACUACUCAGUGGAUGGCAAGUUCAUGAUGCGCUACACAGCUGUUGCUUCCCGGAGCUGCCCUACACUUCCACGGGUGCAAAACGCAGUGCAGAUAGGAAGUGGCAAUGCUAUUGGGGAUGUGGUGAGGUUUGAGUGUAACCGUGGGUUCACCAUGACGGGGGCUUCCACUUUGACCUGCAGGGGUGGCAACAUCACAGCCUGGGACAACAGCCCACCAACAUGUACAGUCUUGUGCACGACUAACGAUGACCGCUCAGAUGGCAGUGGAGUGAUCCUGAGUCCAGGCUAUCCUAAUAACUACCCCAUCAACACCAUCUGUGGUUGGACUCUGCAUGGGUGUAACGGACACCCGGUCACUCUAAGUUUUGAGUACUUCCAGUCAGAGGGGAAUUAUGACAAGUUGGAAGUAUUUGAUGGAACAACCGAUGCAGGCACUGCAGCUGUGACCUACACUGGCCGCCCCUUUCCAGUAGCUAACUACACCAGCCCAGGAGCAGUCAUCUUCCUCAAAUGGACCAGUGAUGCCUCCAUCACAGAUAGAGGCUUUGAGCUUAAUUACCGAUCUGUCUGUUGCAAUGAUCCAGGCAUACCAGACAAUGGCAACAGACAAGGGAACAGUUUCAACCCCAAUGACAGAGUGACCUUCACUUGUAAUGCUGGGUAUACCCUGGUUGGACAAGCCACUGCCACCUGUCUGUUGAUGGGAAAUUAUGCGUACGAGUGGACCAGCCCCAGACCUGUCUGCCAAGCCACGUCCUGUGGCAUGCCCCGUGCCCCUGCCAAUGGAAUCAUCGAUGGGAAUGACUUUACCAUUGGCUCAACUGUGACCUACAAGUGCAACUUGGGAUACCGCCUGCCAGGCUCUGCUGUGACCCAGAUCACCUGUGGAACCAGUGGGUGGAGCAGCAACAACCCACCAGCAUGUCAAAUCAGCACCUGCCCACGGCCAGCCUCUGUCGCACACAGCACAAUGGCACCUUCCCUGGCCAAUUACAACUAUGGAGAUACCGUGGACUAUGGAUGUGAGACAGGCUACCACCCUGUUGGCUUGCAUGUGCUGACGUGUUUGGCAGACCAGACCUGGGACAACCCCCCUCCCACCUGUGAAGUUAACACAUGUGCACAGCUGCCAGUCCCCCCUAAUGGCAGAUACAACUAUCUCAGUGGAGCGAAUGCCACCUACAACUCCGUCAUACAAUACACCUGCAAUAAUGGAUACAACAUACAGGGGUCAGCACAGCGUCAAUGCCAAGCUGAUGGCACAUGGAGUGGGACUGAUGUGCAGUGUGUUGCGGAAGGAUGUGGAGAUCCGGGAAUUCCAACAAAUGGCAAUCGCCAAGGCAACAGCUUCACCUACGGUUCCACGGUCAUCUACAGCUGUAACGAGGGCUUCCGAUUGGUGGGCAGCUCCUACCUUACCUGUCAAGCAAACCGUCAAUGGAAUGGGCGAGUGCCUGUCUGUAUUCCAAUAACCUGUGGGGAUCCAGGUACUCCAUACUACGGUAACAGGGAUGGUGACAGUUUUGACUAUGGCAAUAUCCUCAACUUUACCUGCAAUGUUGGGUACAUCCUACAGGGGGCACCGAUCAUAAGAUGUGAGCAGAAUGGAUUAUGGAGCAACCCUAUCCCAACUUGCACAGCUGUUGACUGUGGUGACCCAGGAACAGUAGAACAUGGUCACAGUGUGGCUCAAGCUGGGACCACCUUUGGUGUGACCAUAGAGUACUUCUGUGACAAUGGAUACUUCAUCUUUGGCUCAUCCUCGAUACGUUGUCAGAGCAAUGGCCAGUGGGAUGGAACCAAGCCGGAAUGUCGCAUUGUUGACUGUGGGGACCCUGGCACAUCACCCAACACCAUCAAGGGAGGAGACACCACCACCACGUUUGGGUCAACUGUCACCUACAGCUGCACAGCAGGACAAAACGUUGUUAGUGGUGACACCAGUCGUACAUGCCAGGCAGAUGGAACAUGGAGUGGAGCAGCUCUCCACUGCUCUGGCACUACAACAAGUUGUGGUGACAUUGGUGACCCACCCCAUGGAAGUUUCCUACCGAAGAAAAGCACAUACAACCCGAAUGACCAGAUCACCUUCAGCUGUGACACAGGAUACAACCUUCAGGGCAGCCAGUCUCUAACAUGCCAGUCAGGCGGAGCUUGGAGCGGCAACAGACCUGACUGUAUCAUCCAGAACUGUGGUGACCCAGGUCGUCCAUCCAAUGGGAACUACAACACCACAGGGUUCACCUACAGCAGUACCGUCCUGUUCAGCUGUAACCCAGGGUACAUGUUGAGUGGCACCCCAUCCAAGUACUGCACAGCAAGAGGAGAGUGGAAGCCAGAUGGCUCGCCUGUGUGCAAUGUUGUAAACUGUGGAGAUCCUGGUGUGCCUGCCAGUGGUGUGGUUACUGGGAGUGACUACACGUACGGCCACUUUGUCACCUACACCUGCAACACAGGACACAACCUGAUUGGUCAGGCCAACCGCACCUGUCAGGCAAAUGGACAGUGGAGCAACAGCCUACCUGCAUGUCAGGUUGUAAACUGUGGGGCUCCACCACGUGUCCCAUACAGCACUGUGGAAGGCAACAGCUACACUUUUGGCAGCAGUGUCUCAUACAACUGUUCCACGGGAUACAGGCUGAUUGGUCCAGUUGCCCUGACAUGUAGAGCAAAUGGCCAAUGGGGAAGCAACCUGCUGGGGACAACACAAUGUGUUGCUGUCUCCUGUGGUGACCCUGGUGUCCCUGCUAACGGCCAGCGACAAGGGAGCCGCUUCACCUUUGGAAGCAGAGUGACCUUCACCUGUGAUGAAGGGUACAUCCUGAUCGGAACCAAUCAGCAGCAGUGCAUGGCUGACGGAAGAUGGACUCCUUCUUCUUUACCUGUCUGCCAAGUUCCUACUCAGCAGUCUUGUAGAGACCCCGGUACACCAGACCAUGGCACCCGGAACGCUACCAAUUUCCUCCCCGGAACUGUUGUCCGCUUCCAGUGCCAGGACGGCUACCACAUCCUGGGCCCGACCAGUCUGGUCUGUGACCCGGUCACGCUGAGCUGGAAUGGCCAGCCACCAACCUGUGUCCCAUCUAACUGUGCAGAGCUGGAGGCUCCAGUCCAUGCCCUCAUCGUUGUUGUCCAAGACCUGCCAGGUCAGGGCUACACCACCAUCUUCACCUGCCAGCCUGGAUACACACCGACCAGCGGGGACACACUCAGGGUGUGUCAGGACAACGGACAGUGGAGUGGCAAACCUAUUGUCUGUGAAGUGGGAACUAAACCUAGUGAGAAGCCACCUACUGUCCUCUACCCUUCCACACCACAACCCAAGCCCACUGUGCCAGUACAAGCCUUCAUAGAGGGGCAGAUCUGGACUGGUUCUUAUGAGUACAAGGGCAGUAAGGUCCCCUGUACACUCACCAUCACUGCUGUGCUGCAGAACUCAUUUGGCGUUGUCGGAGACUUUGAUGAUGGCUCGUCCUCCUUCACUCUUGCAGGAACGUACAAGCCAGGAGAGAGUGCUCUGACCCUCACUGUUGGCACAGUCAAUACACUGGCUGAUAACUUCAUGGGAGUUUCCAUAUCAUUUGAUGGAUAUUUGUACUACAUUACAGGAGGCUUAAUGUACAGUGGUGAUAUUCUGGCACCAGACUUCGGAAGCUUUGACCUCCAAAUUACAAAUUCACAGAUCCCCAACCCAAAGCCCCAGACAGGGGGUAAGGGUCUGAGUGGAGGUUCCAUUGCUGCUGCUGUGUUGGUGCCUAUCCUCUGUCUGGCUGUACUUGCCCUGGGAGUUUAUGCCUGGCACCUCAAGCGUACCGGCCAGAGGUUCAGCUUCUUUAGCCGUUAUGGUGAUGGUGAGGGAGAAGAUGCUUCAUUUGAAAAUCCAUGUUACAACACUGCUGAAGGGGUGUCAGUGAAUGUGGCAGGAAAGGACUGAUCAAGAAUGAAGAGAUCGGCAUUAGUCACCCUGUGACAGAUAACAGCUAGAGAUAUAUCCAUUGUAAAACUGUUUCAAUGACAGAUGUUUCACUUUGUUUUCAUUUUCAUCCCUAUAGCCUGUCUAUACAACUUUAUCAUUCUAAUAAUGUAUACAGUCUUUAAUUACAUUUGGUGGGAGGGGUAUAUUUAAUGUUUCAUGUUUCAAAGAAACAGGUGUGAUUGUUCAACAAAGUUAAGUGAGUAAAGUGAGAUGUAGGGUUGUGGGAAUAGACACCAUUUUAUAGAAUAGGAAAGGACAGGUUGAAUCUUUAAUGGGGUAAUGUACACAUUUAUGACAAUGAAUAUGCUGCUAUUCUUACUGAGAUUAAGUAAUACUGUAUAAAAAAGUGUAAAUCUUAAGAUAUCAAGCUUUAAAUUGUAUGUGCUCAUGUAAAAUGCACAGGAAUUAUUAUGGCCUACGAUGAAUACAGAAUAUCUCUUCUAACAUAAUUUACUAAUAGAUGAUAUUUUGCCUUUUGUUAUUUGUAGACAAGUGCAUAUCUAAAAAUAACUAUUAAUUGAUUGUUAUUCUAUCAAAGGAGUGAUUUCUUACAAGAACAAUUCAGUGUGUGCUUAGCAAGCUUUUUACUCAAGGUGAUGAACAAGUAUAAAGUGAUUGCAAAUGCUGUACAUCAUAAGAGAGUUUUGUCCAUAAUGGAAAAAAAUCAAUGCAAGGCAAAAUUCUUGCCACUGUACUGUUUAAACUUUGUUUCAUGUAGCUUUAUUGUGUUGACCUGCUAAGUAUAAUACUAGUACACAGCCAUCUUGCAUGCAUGGAAAGCCAAGAAUCGGAUAUUUUCUUCUUUAGAAAUGCACAUGUUAUGUUGUCAGUUGUCACUUAACAAGAGUUAUAGAAGCUUGUUUGAUGGCCAAAUUUUUCUUUGUACCCUCUGUUUCACAGCAUUCUCGUUUUUCUUAGCAUUCUUACAUGUGAUUUACUUAGCAACAGACAUAUUGUAAAAUAUAGCAAGGACACAUACUUGUAGUACAUCUCAAAAACUGUCACAAUAAAUUGGCCAGCAUGUAGAAAGCAUUGCCGUGUACUGCCAUUGUUGAUGUGUCAAA